CACACACACACAAACACAAACGCAAAGACACGCGCGCGCGCGCUGCUGCGAAUGACUAGCGCAUGCUAGGAUACAGCAUAGCCGGGGCCAUCAAAACGUAUCGAAACAGCUAACGGUUUUUUCUGAGAAAUUUUAAAUCUAGUCGGCUCGAUAGCUGACGGCAAAACAGACAUGGACGACAAGUCAUUCACCAAGGAGUUGGACGGAUGGAUUGAACAACUGAAUGAGUGCAAACAGCUGAGCGAGAAUCAGGUCAAAGUCCUAUGUGAAAAGGCCAAGGAAAUCCUGACAAAGGAGUCCAAUGUGCAAGAGGUGAGAUGUCCGGUGACAGUCUGCGGAGAUGUCCAUGGUCAGUUUCAUGACCUAAUGGAGCUGUUUAAGAUCGGGGGGAAGUCUCCAGACACCAACUAUCUCUUCAUGGGAGACUAUGUUGACAGAGGCUACUAUUCUGUGGAGACAGUUAGUCUCCUGGUUUCUCUUAAGGUAAGGUUCCGUGAACGAAUCACAAUCCUCAGAGGGAACCAUGAGAGCAGACAGAUCACACAAGUGUACGGCUUCUACGACGAGUGCUUAAGGAAGUAUGGAAACGCAAAUGUCUGGAAGUACUUCACAGAUCUGUUUGACUAUCUGCCCCUUACUGCACUGGUAGAUAAUCAGAUUUUCUGCCUCCAUGGAGGAUUGUCUCCUUCAAUAGACACACUGGAACACAUCAGAGCGCUGGAUCGCUUGCAGGAGGUUCCUCAUGAGGGUCCAAUGUGUGACUUGUUAUGGUCGGACCCAGAUGACCGUGGUGGCUGGGGCAUCUCCCCCCGUGGUGCUGGUUACACCUUUGGGCAGGACAUUUCUGAGACCUUCAACCACGCAAACGGCCUAACUUUGGUUUCAAGAGCCCACCAGCUGGUGAUGGAGGGAUAUAAUUGGUGCCACGACCGCAAUGUAGUGACCAUCUUCAGUGCACCAAACUAUUGUUAUCGUUGUGGAAACCAGGCAGCAAUCAUGGAACUUGAUGACACAUUGAAAUACUCCUUCCUACAGUUCGACCCCGCACCUCGCAGAGGGGAGCCGCAUGUGACGCGGCGCACGCCUGACUACUUCCUGUAAAGAUGACUGGCGAGGAUGGCAAGAGUGUACACAGAGAAGAGAAGCAUUCAUAAGCCCAUGGACCAAAACAAUGUGUGCCAAAAUCCCAAUGAAAUGGAAACUAUCACACCUAGCUAAAGACCACCAUCCUUUCAACUUUUUCCUCUCUGUGCAUGAUGUUUUUAUUGCUAGAAAUGAUUGCUACUAUGAACAAUACCGUCACAAUACCUGCUGGUUUGUCAGGAAACAUGAAUGAACUAAUGCUGAGAAUAACAGCUAAAUGUAAGUAAUAUUUCUGUUAGAGUGUUAAUGAUGACCAGAGUGUUUCCAUAUACAGUAUUUAAGCUGCAUCUUUCACUUGGCAUGGCCUAAAAUCAAAGGAUGCAGUAAAUAUAAUGUAAACUCUUUCUUUUUGUAACUGAAGCGCAACAGUUUAUUUGGUGAAGUGAGAAGAUAGGGUUAGACGUUGGAAAUGAGUCUGGUCUCUUUGCACUUUUGUAUUUGAUUUUUAUCACACGGCACUGACAGACAAUUUUCUUUUUUUCUACCCUGGUCUAGUGUUAGUAGCUCGUUUUCUGCUCUGCUGUCUCUAAUGGGAGUUAAUGUAAUUCAUUUAAGUAAGCAAUAUUGGUACAAAUGACAUCAGUUGUAAAAGAAAAAUUUAAAUGUUUUGCAGCCACAGCUAUACGAAAUAAAGACUGAAGUUGCUUCGUCAUUUACUUCA